CCAGGCAGCAGCAAGCGGACAUUCUCUCCCAUUUCUCCUCUCUUUGAUUUGUUUACCGUUACGCUUUUUACCUUGGAGAAAACUUUCAAUGAGAAAACAAUAACAAAAGAAGAUUGAUUUUUUUUAGUCGGAGAAUCCAAUAAAACUUCCCAUUUCUCCAUUUGUAGUAGCAAAUUAAGAACCAAGUAAGGAUAUGGCAUCGCUUCACGCAUCAGAGCUCGAAUCUGCCGCCACAGACUCCGGCCAGUCUUCUCCUCGCUCCGAUCAAUAUGGCUCCCACGAUCAGCGAGUCCGCUUCAUGUGUAGUUUUGGUGGUAAGAUUCUUCCUCGUCCCCAUGACAAUCAGCUCCGUUAUGUUGGUGGGGAGACUCGCAUCGUCGUCGUUCACCGCGCUACCAGCUACUCUGCUCUCCUCACUAAACUAUCCAAACUCUCUGGUAUUGCUAACUUGAGCGUCAAGUAUCAGCUACCCAAUGAAGAUCUCGAUGCUUUGAUAUCUGUUACAACCGAUGAGGAUGUAGACAAUAUGAUGGAAGAAUACGAUCGGGUUUUAUUGAAUCAGAACCCUCGCUCCGCACGACUCCGGUUGUUUCUCUUCUCUAAUGGGGAGGAUUCGAGAGCUAGCAGCAUCAGCUCCCUUCUUGAUGGCUCUACAAAUCGGGAGCACUGGUUCUUUGAUGCUCUUAAUUCUGGGUCCACUCUCGAGCGAGAACGAUCCGAGGCUUCCUCCAUUGUGUCUGAAAUGCCCGAUUAUCUAUUCGGGUUGGAUAAUUCGGACGAUCCACAGCCUCGUGAGAACAAGGCGAAGAGUCGACUCGUUUUGCAUGACAACGUUUCGGCAUCGGAUCCAGGUUCUCCUGCUCCGGUUGUUUCUUCGCCGUAUUGCUCGACUUCUUCAGCUGUCCCAAUUGUGCCUUCAAUUCCUGAUCUUCCACCCGUUAAGACCAAACCCGAAAACACGGAUCCAAUCGUACAACCAAAGCAGAAUACAGUGGAUAGUUCUUCUGAGACAAUUGAACCAGUAAUGACCCAUCCAACUGGGUACCCGAGUAAUCCCGUCAUGCAUUACAUUCCGGAUUCUCAUUAUCCGGGUCAUCACGUACAACCAAUACCAGUUUAUUAUGUACCGGGUCCAGUUCCACAGGGUAAUGUCCCAGUUCAGCCCGUUCAAAUCCGGCCUCCAUUCGUUCAACAAUACCCAGUGUCAACAGGUCCAAUACCGGUGGGGUAUCAACAAGGAGUUCCGGGUAUGGGUCAAGUAUAUGGUGGAGCUGCUAUCAGGCCCAUGACUGCACUGGAUCCUUAUGAGGGUGGAAGAGUAGUUCCUGACGGGGUGAAUCAACAGGUUUAUUAUGGGGUUAUAAAUGCAAGUCCUGGUAUGGUUCCGGGGUAUCCAGGUACGGUGAUUCCAGGUGGGGAAGAUUUGCAAAGGACCGUCUCAGACACAAAGUCGGGUCGGGUCCCCCAAUCUUAAUGAUAACUGAUAAGCGCAAUAUAUGGUAUUUUGCCUGCUUAUGUGUUUGCUUCAAGGUUUGUGGUCGGUGAUUGUCCUGUAAAAUGUACUUGUAAUUUGUAAAAUGUACUUGUAAUUAACUUGCUUCUUUUGUCUGGUAAAACAAUAGAUUAUUACA